GGCUGGGGCGGGGAAUAAGACCACGAAGCUCCACGUGACUUAUCCCCACGAUAUUCACGGGAAGCUGGGAGGACGAUUCGCAAAGUUUUGUCCCACCGCGGACCUUCGGGCAAGAAUCGCCUUCCUUCCCACUCCUCCCCCCCCCAUUUUUCCCCUUUGUUCUCGGAAAGCCAUUAAGGGUGGGGAACCGAGAGACACCAUACGGAAAUCGGAAUUCUCUGCGAUUUGCCCUUUUCCCCAACACGUGUUCCUCGUGUAACGUGUGAACGGAGCAGAGCGGGCCGGCAAGGGUCUCUUCCCCCUCCUCUUCCUCUCGGGGAGCAUCUUUUUACGCCCACCCCGCCGACUGAAGACGACAACAACUAAAGGGAGACAUCCAGAUUAGGAAGUUCUGAAGUUUCCAUUACAUCAACUGCCACCAGACAAGACUAUAUUCAGCAGAAGAACCAAAAGUUGAACUUUAAACAACAACCAGGUUCAAGAACUCUGUUGAUGUGGAGCUCACAGCGUGGUUGUAUGAGGCACAUAUGAUUUCUUGUAUCUUCAUUUCUUUUCCUGGAAGGCUGGCUAAGUGAGCAAUGAGAAUAAACGAAGUCCAAAUGAAAUCAAAAAAUUAUGUUUGAUCAUAACCAGAAACAGUUCUGCUGGCAUGCAGAAUGAGUGAAUUCUUGAAUCUUCGAUCAGGCUAUUCAAAAUAGAUUCUGCAUCUGUCAGCCUGGAGUCCUAGUGGAAAAAAGAAAUAGGAAAAAGGCUUAAAUAAUAAAGCAACAGCAGAUUUUUAGAGUAAAAGCUUUGGAAUGUUUGAGGGUUCAAGAACUCCAUGAACCAGAAUCACAAAAGGAUAACCUGUCAAACCCAGGCUGUGAAUUUCAUCAUUUCAGAUCACAUAAUAUCUCUGCAACUGGGGUAACAGAUGGACCAUUGGGUAUUUCACACAAUACUUCUCUGCAUACCAUUAUGUCUUGGUCUGGUUCAGAAUCAAGGGAACCAGAUGUUUGAACCAAGAAAUCUUAGAAUUUACUCAAAUAAUUCAGUUCAACGACUGCUACUGGAAUGGGAUGUUAGUGAUUACUCUGAAGCAUAUAAUUCCAAAAUAGACAUUGAUUUUAACAUCCAAAUUCGUUUAAGAGAAGAAAAUGGAAUAAUUAUUUUGAAUGUGAAUUAUACAACAGUUCUCAGUCAAGCAAGACAACAUCACCAAUGGAGUUUUAUCUCUGAGGUACCCUUGCAGUGUACAACUCAUGAAGCCAGAAUAAGGAGCAAAGUGGUAUCUUCUAAAAUUUGGAGUAACUGGACUGAUUGGGUAGCAGCAGAUGGCCCGGAUGCUCUUGAUAGUGAAACAAUUCACAUCUUUCCUCAAAACAAAGUAUUUGAGCGAGGUUCCAACAUAACAUUUUGUUGCAUUGCAAAGAAAAAUAAAAUUGUAAAUAGUAUUUCAUUUCACAAAGAAAAUAUGACGACAAAACAGCAACGAGUAUUAUUUACUAGAAAGCCUACAUCUUCAUUCCCUCUUUGCUUUCAGCUCGCUUGUGGUUUUUCUGAUGUCAGGGAUAAUGAUGCAACUUAUCUCUACCUCACCAACCAGCCUGAUAAACCCCAAAAUCUAAACUGUGAAACUGAAGACAUGAUUCAUAUUAGAUGUACUUGGAAUCCUGUUUUUGUAUCGACUGACUGUUUCUUUAGGGACGCCUGUCCAAUGGAGUUUAUUUUGUCUGAUGUCUCUUCUACAAAAAUAUAUUGCAGUACAAAAUUCCAAAAUAGCUGUUCAUUCAAGAUGGGUGACCAAUUCCUAUACAAUGUAAGGUUAACCGCCAGAAAUUGCCUUGGACAGAAACAUGAGCAGCUUAGUUUUAAUGUAAUGCACACAGUUCGUCCUGUAAUUUUCAAUAAACCAGCUGUUGAUUAUCAAAAUGCUACUUUUAUUCAGUUAUCUUGGGAUAUAAACCCAAUAAAUGCAAGUCUUUCAUUGUUAUGUCAAAUCAAUGCUGCAAAUGGUGAUGGGAAUAAGCAGUACAAUAUCACGGUGCAGUCCAAUUCAGAUUUCCCUCCCCGCUUCCAGCUAGGUGGACUGAAGCCUGCCACAAAGUAUGCAUUAAAAGUACGCUGUGCUGCAGAUGUCGGUCCGUCCUGGAAAUGGAGUAGCUGGACGGAGAGUAUAAUUUCUGAGACUCCUGAAACUGCUCCAUCAGGAUUGCUUGAUGUCUGGAGAUAUAUUAACCCAGACUUGGAGCAACAUAAUGUAACUGUAUUCUGGAAGGAAUCCUCAGAAUUUCGUGCUAAUGGAAAGAUCCAAAAGUAUCACCUAUCCUUGGAAAACUUAGAGGAGCCUUCUAUGCAGCAUCACAAUUACUCAAGUUCUGCAUCACAGAAAUCCUCAAUGAUUUCUCUUGGCAACCAUUCUUACAAAAUCCUUGUCUGGGCACAGAAUGGUGUAUCUGCAUCUUCUCCCUCAGUGAUUAUCAUCCCAGCAACUAAUAAAAAUGGUAAAGUGCAUUUAAGUAAGGAGACCACAGAUAACAAUACAGAACAUGGAAUUUAUAUUUCUUGGAAGCCUCAAAGCAAGUUUAGUCAAUAUGUUGUUGACUGGUGUAACCACCCCACAGGUAAUGCGUGUGAUUUUCAGUGGAAGAAGUAUGAGCAAAACAAAUCGAGUGAUCUCAUUACAUCUGAUGCCUUCCGUCAUGGAGUAAGAUAUACUUUUAAUGUGUACGGAAUACAAGAUGAUAAAAGUUAUUUAUUGGAAAAGAAGGUUAAAUAUCUCAAAGAAGAGGAACCGCUACAAUAUAUCUUAUGUAAUAUAGUUAAUACCACUGCAAAUUCAUUAAAAGUAACUUGGGAACCACAGGAUCAAAAAUUCAACUCUUGUUUUAUUAGAGGUUAUGUACUUUACAUGAAAAUGGAUAAUCAGAAUUGUAUGGUACAAGGCUCUGAACAAUUUAGAAAUGCAAAUAAUCUAACGAUAUGCAGUUACAAAAUUGAAAAACCAAACCAAACUGAAUUCACAGUGAGACAUUUGAAACCCAGAACAAAGUACUUGUUUGCUGUUCAGGCUUAUGCUGUCAAACCUCAUUAUACUGACAAUGGCACCUUUAAGACAGUGUUUACACCAGAUGAUGGAAAAUGGCUUUUCCAUCUACUUUACUUACUAGUGAUUAUCCCAUUAAUGCUGAUGUGUAUGUGCUCCAGGAAAAGUAAUCGUGUAAGGAAUUGUUUAUAUCCUACAAUACCCCAACCUAAAGUGACUCCAAUUUUUAAGAUGAGUUCUGGAAUGACAGAAGUGAAUGAUAUAAUUCCUGACCAAUUAGUCAUGCUGGAGAAGCCUCAGGAAUUCAGUCGCAAACAAUCUACUUUGGGAAUGCUAUUAGAAAAUUUGAGUUACUCUCAAACCACCUAUUACCCAGAAAUGCAAACAGAAGAGAGAACAAACCAGAAAUUCAACUCAGGACUAACAUCCUACAAACCUCUCCAAGCCUUUGGUUUUACAACCAGCCCUAAUCCCUGCACACCAGAAGCACACCUCCAUUCGAAAGACCAUUUGAAUUACCUCUACCAAAUGGAAGUGCCUCCCUCUAUGAUCCAGGGAACCAAUUCUACUUGUCCUGUACCUUGGCUAGAUUACAGACCUCAAUGCAGCACAAUUUCCAGAAGAAAUACAGACUAUUAGAUUAAUAUCCAUAUUAUUAUAUUCAUUUCAGUUCACUAUGAGCAGCUUCUAAGUAAAUAGGAUACAUGUUUGUUGGGCAUUAUAAUAUCUGACCAUGAAGGAAUGAAUUGGGAAAAUUCUGAAGAGGAAAAGAUGGGACAGUCUUUUGUAUUGACUGAAGAUUCAUGCCAUUCUAGACCAAAAGUGGGCAUGACAUGCAGUAAUAAGGGAACUUGCAUACUUGAAAAAAAGAACCUCUUCCUCAUGUUUUGAAUAUGAAACAAGAUGUACAGGAUUGUAUCAUUUCCAGAUGAAUAAGUAAAAAAAAAACAAUAUAAAAAUUGCUUAACUUCAAAUGACUUGAUUUCUGUCUAUAGUGUUUUAUUAAAUAACC